CUCCACUUCAACCUACCGCUCAGCCAUCUACAACCAAAACAAGGCGCACGGAAAUCAUUACAUCGGACAACUUACACGGUAAGAGCAUUUUCCAGGACAUGCAUGAUUACGCACGACUGGCCAAGGCAAAUCGACGCACUGCUCAGUUAAAUUUGUCGCAGAUUUCGCCGUACCGAGGAGUCUACAGAGCUGUUUUUCUAAUGCUAGCUAUCUAGCGUUACGCUUUGCUUGGGAAGAAUGCGAAGGCCCGGUGACCCACAUUCGCUCUACCCCCGGUGAGAGAGGGGAGUGUACUGUAUGGCGCUACCAAAUAUUUUUGCCGGUUAAAGACUGCGGAGUAUUGCAGCUUAUACGUUUGCUUGGCAUCAUUUACUUGGCAACAGAUUCUUUUCAUUCCCCUUUGGCAAGUUCAACUUUGUUGCUAUAUUUAGCACGGCUAGCAUGCAGUGACCCCUGAUUCGGAGUGAUGAAACACGCCGCUGGUUUCGGGUGCGCAUUCGCUUGACUGGAAACUUGCGCGUCUUCUCGCCAAUGGAUCGACUGGACAAAUUCAUCACUAUUUGAGGAGGGGGAAAGGAAAACACAGAACAGCCCUCCACUUCACAACACUUCUACUAAGUCUUCACAGCACCAGCCGCCCCUCAGAGAUCAUGUGAUGGACCUGUUGCGCUGCUGAGAUGUGGUCGCCUCACUCCCACACCCGCUGGAAAGCCACACCUCCAUAAGGACCCCCUCUCCCAUUGAGCACGUGCAGUGUGCCCCACCAGACGCCGUCACACCUCAACCCGUGCCACCAGCGGGGAGUGUCGAUCACACACUCCAACCCUCCCCUCCCCCCCCCCUCCCAUCCCAUCCCUGCCCCGCCCAUUCAUUCAUACAAGAUUCUCCUCCUCUUGCACCCCGCCACACGCCCGAAUGUGAUCCUCAUCCUCUGACAAAACAGUUGGACAGGAGGUUCAAGUACAAAUGUCUACCUCACGAUUAAAGGGCGUCUCUCUACCACUGCGACCGUGAACACUCUACAAAGAUGAGCUCCAUAGACAGGGAUGAUAGCAGUAUCUUUGAUGGGUUAAUGGAAGAAGAUGAGAAGGAUAAAGCAAAACGCGUUUCUCGGAAUAAGUCGGAGAAGAAGAGGCGAGACCAGUUCAAUGUCCUCAUUAAGGAACUGGGCACCAUGUUGCCGGGCAACACCCGGAAGAUGGACAAGUCCACCAUAUUGCAGAAGAGCAUCGACUUUCUGCGCAAACACAAAGAAAUCGCUGCCCAGUCGGAGUCGAGUGAGAUCCGGCAAGACUGGAAGCCUCCGUUCCUUAGUAACGAGGAGUUCACACAGCUCAUGCUGGAGGCUUUAGAUGGCUUCUUUCUGGCCAUCAUGACCGAUGGCAACAUCAUCUAUGUCUCAGAAAGCGUCACGUCGCUCCUGGAGCAUCUGCCAACGGACCUGGUAGACCAGAACCUGUUGAACUUCCUACCCGUGGGGGAGCACUCGGACGUCUACAAGGCCCUGUCCACGCACAUCCUAGACGGGGAGGCGCUCACGCCAGAGUACCUAAAGACGAAAAAUCAGCUGGAGUUUUGUUGCCACAUGCUGCGGGGUACCAUGGACCCCAAGGAGCCGCCCGUGUACGAGUACGUCAAGUUCAUCGGAAACUUCAAGUCCCUGAAUAAUGUGCCUAACUCGACACGUAACGGCUUCGAGGGGGUGAUCCAGAGGUCGCUGCGGCCGGCGUUUGACGACCGGGUCUGUUUCAUAGCAACUGUGCGACUUGCCAAACCCCAGUUCAUCAAGGAAAUGUGCACAGUGGAGGAACCUAACGAAGAGUUCACCUCUCGACACAGCUUAGAAUGGAAGUUCCUCUUUCUCGACCACAGGGCACCGCCCAUCAUUGGUUACCUGCCUUUCGAGGUGCUGGGCACGUCAGGCUAUGACUACUACCAUGUGGACGACCUGGAGACACUGGCCAAGUGCCACGAACACUUGAUGCAGUAUGGGAAGGGCAAGUCGUGCUACUACCGCUUCCUGACCAAGGGCCAGCAGUGGAUCUGGCUACAGACGCAGUACUACAUCACCUACCACCAGUGGAACUCGCGGCCCGAGUUCAUCGUUUGCACACACACCGUCGUCAGCUAUGCUGAGGUGAGGGCGGAGCAGAGGAGAGAGCUGGGGCUGGAGGAGUCUCGGCCUGAGAUCGCCGCUGUCGAGAAGCAGAGUCAGGACUCUGGUUCGGAAUCUCAACUGAACACCUCCAGCCUGAAGGAGGCGCUGGAGCGUUUUGACUGCAGCCACACGCCCUCGGCCUCCUCGCGCUCCUCACGCAAGUCCUCCACGCACACCGCCAUCUCUGAACCCAACUUAGCACAAACCAAUCAGUGUCCGGCAUGGAGCCCGACUACCAACGCGCUCCUCAACCCAACUGAACAUGCUCAAAGUCUCCCGACGGAGACCCAGGACCACAAACGUCCCCCAACUAUCCCAGACACACCGAGACACACCGAACCAACUCUGACCCAACUGUACCCAACCCAACCCAACAAUAGCCAACCGUCGGCUUGGUGUGGAAGAGGCUUUACAACCACACAAACAAAGUUACAGACGGAUCGCGGCACGCCGCCUCGUCAGUCCGUCUCGGCCAUCGAGAUGACAUCACAGAGACGGCCCUCUAUCAGCAGCCAGCAGUCCAUGAGCUCCCAGAACACGGGCCAGACCAUGGCCACCUCGCUGGUCUCCCAGCAACAAGCGCCCCAGCAGCAGCAGCAGCAGCCGCCGCAGCAGCAGCCGCAGCAGCAACAGCAGCAGCAACAGCAGCAGCUACAGCCCACAGUACAGUUCACCCAUCAGCUGGACGCCAUGCAGCACCUGAAGGAGCAGCUGGAGCAGCGGACGCGUAUGAUCGAGGCCAACAUCCAGCGGCAGCAGGAGGAGCUACGGCAGAUCCAGGAGGAGCUGCAGAGGGUGCAGGGCCAGGGCCUGCAGAUGUUUCUCCAGUCUGGCGCCAGUGGCUUGAACCUGGGCUCGGUGCAGCUGACGCAGGGCACGGCGGUGCAGGCAGGGGGCACUCUGACCAUGCAGGGUCAGGUGGUGCAAGCGGGUACCCUCCAGGCCAGCCUGACGGCCCCCCACCAGCCUACCCAACAUGCAGUGCAGCAGCAGCAGCAGCAGCAGCAGGCGCAGCAGCAGGCACAGCAACAGCAGCAACAGCAACAGCAGCAACAGCAGCAGCAACAGCAGGUCCAGGCCCAAACUCAGAACCUCCUGCAGACACAGACGGCCACACUCGCACAGCCGCAGCGCCCGACGCACCAGCUGCAGUCUCCGCAGGGCGCGCUGCCGGCCUCGCUCUACAACACCAUGAUGAUCUCGCAGCCCACGCAGGCCAACGUGGUGCAGAUCUCCAGUAGCCUGGCCCAGACCAACACGCCCAGCGGCGCCGCAGUGGCCACCUUCUCACAAGACCGACAGAUACGGUUCCCCGCGGGGCCGCAGCUACUGACCAAGCUGGUGACGGGGCCCAUGGCGUGCGGCGUGAUGGUGCCCACCACCAUGUUCAUGGGCCAGGUGGUGACGGCCUUCGCGCCGCAGCAGGGCCAGCCGCAGACCAUCAGCAUCACACAGCAGCAGCCGCAACAAAACCAGCAGCAGCAGCAACAGGCGCAACAACAACAGACGCAGCAGCAACAACAAACGCAAGAGCAGCAGCAGCAGCAGGUGCAGGUGCAGACGCAGGCGGUGGCCGUGGCCGCAGCUCAGCAGCAGCAGUCGCAGCAGGCCAAGGCGGCCCAGCAGCUGGCGCAGCAGCAGACGCAGUUCCUGCAGGUGACCACCAGGGGGCCGGGCGUCUCAAAGGCUCCACGGCUGCUCCACAGUAACCAGUCCACCCAGCUCAUCCUGCAGGCAGCUUUCCCUCUGCAGCAGCAGGGCACGUUCGCCACCGCACAGCAGCUGCAGCAGGCGCAGCAGCAGGCGCAACAAGCGCAGCAGCAGGCGCAGCAGCAGCAGCAACAGCUGCAGCAGCAGCAGCAACAGUUGCAGCAGCAGCAGCAGCAACUUCAGCAGCAGCUGGCCUCCCAUAGGGCAGAUGGCAUGACGGACAGGUCCAACCCGCCUACCCAGUAGGACUGGAACAGGAAGCAGGGUUCACAGGUCGGACAAAUAGGGCUUGGUGGAGGGGGCGGGGCCGCGGGCGGAACGAUCCAUGUGAAGUUGGUGGAUUGACUUACAGGGUUUGGCUUGGAGGAUGGCAAGGGGUUUUGGGAAGAUUGUUUUUUUUUUUCAAACGUGACGUCAAAAAGAAGCAGUAUUUUGACUGUUGUUUUUUUUUUCUUUUUUGGUCUUUUUGGACCAACUUGCCCUGCUCCUGCACUGACUCCAGGGCACUGUGGGUGAGAGACGUGAUUGGAGAGUUUGAUCUCUCUGCCCCUACGCCCCACCCACCCACUCACCCACUCACUCCAGCCAGUCCCAUCACUGCCUCCCCACCCUGCCUGACUGCACACCCGCCCGCCCAGCCCGCCCGCCCGCUCGCCUGCUAGCCCGUUCGCCUGCUAGCCAGCCGACCAUCCUGUGGAGCUUGCUCAGAUGCCCAUUCUGGAUGCUACGUCACACGCUGGCCGUCCCAAGAGCUCCUGAUCCAGUGAGCGCAGGACGGGACUGUCCUUUGGUAAUGGCGUGGAAUAUGGAAUCUUUGUUACCAUGAGGACUGGUUACUAUGGUAACAUUCAUGGAUAUGCUCUACAUCGUCAUGGCAAUGGUGGCCUGGGCACACAGCAGGCUGUCCACCUGGCUAGCCCCGCCCAUCCCCCCCCCAAUCCUCCAAUCCUGUCGUCUCGUAUGCUCGUCACUUGUAACAGAUUUUAAUUUAUGCAGAAUGUUCCAGACUUCAGAAUAUAGAACUCACCAUCUGGGCAGAUGCAGAGCAGAUGGCUGCUCCCCCGUGUUCACUCUUUCUCCCUCUCUGUCUCUUUUUCCCAUUCCCUUUACCUCUCCCUCCCUCUCACUUAGCCUCUCCUUUUUCAUUUUGUUUUCAUGUCAAAGUAAUUAUGGGUCAGAAAAUAUUUUUAAGAAUGUCAUGUGGAUUGAACUUUUAUUGUACAGAACACCUGUAAAAUAAUCUGUAAAUAUAUGGACAGAAGGACAGAGAAACUAAUAUUUUAUAUGAUGCAUGAAAAUGAAAAGCGUAGUCUGUUCUUUGUAGCUUUGAAUAUCCUUUUUUUCUAGUAUUCAAAGAAAAAAGAGAACUUAACAUGCUUAAUUGCUGAUAUUGUUCACAGACUUGCUUUUCCUUGUGGGUUGAGUGUGGGUGUGUGUGAAUGUGUGAAUCGAGUUUGAAUGUGUCUGAAAAGCAGGCCGUGCUGGUUUUACUGAUGUCACAGUUUGUUUAGGCCUCAAACAAAAUACUUUAUUAGUACUGUCGAGCUUUUAUGAAGUUUUACGGAAAAAUGGAACAGAUUUAAGAAUAGAUAUAUAUAUAUAUAUGGCUUUGGUUUAUGUGACAGAACAAAAUAAUCUACAUUUUUAACAGAUGUGUACAGAUACAGAUGAGGUGUGUGUGUGUGUGUGUGUGUGUGUGUGUGUGUGUGUGUGUGUGUGUGUGUGUGUGUGUGUGUGUGUGUGUGUGUGUGUGUGUGUGUGUGUGUGUGUGUGUGCGCGUGCGUGUGU